GACAAGGUCAAUUUGACUAAUUAGGGAGGCAUUGCCACUUGGUUUUUCAGGCGAAGUAUUUUUAAUCUUUUUAUUUUGUGUUCUUGAUAAAAAGUUCAAUAUUAAUUAUAGCAUCAAAAAAUAUUCGUCAUUUUCUUCCAUCCAUUCAUUCUUUAUUUCAUCAAGUACCCGUGAUAAACCUUCUUUGUCUUAUAUUAAACUACUCGAGUUGCAUUGUUUCAGUUUUAGUGUAAUUUUUAAUUUGGUGCUUUACUAAAGGUUGUAAUGUCGACUCCAGCAAGAAGAAGAUUAAUGAGAGAUUUUAAAAGGUUACAAGAAGAUCCUCCAACUGGUGUCAGCGGUGCUCCAACUGAUAAUAAUAUUAUGAUAUGGAAUGCGGUCAUUUUCGGACCUCACGAUACUCCAUUUGAAGAUGGAACCUUUAAGCUAACGAUAGAAUUUACCGAAGAAUAUCCUAAUAAAGCGCCUACGGUUCGCUUCGUCUCAAAAAUGUUUCAUCCUAAUGUAUAUGCAGAUGGUGGUAUAUGUUUAGAUAUUUUACAAAAUAGAUGGAGUCCGACGUACGAUGUAUCUGCUAUAUUGACUUCUAUUCAGUCGUUACUUAGUGACCCAAAUCCUAAUUCACCGGCCAACUCGAUGGCUGCACAAUUAUACAAAGAAAAUAGAAGAGAAUACGAAAAGAGAGUAAAAAUGUGCGUGGAACAAAGUUUCGUCGAUUAACCGAGCUUUCAUAGCGUUGUUACAUAUUAUUGUAUAUUUAAUGCUAAAUAACUUGAUGCGUUUUUUCUUUCCCCACUCUUCUUGAAUAUAUCUACAUAUUGUCAAAAACUACGCUAUCAUUUCGGUUAUUCUUAAGAAUUCUUUUCUUUCUGUAUUAUAAUUGUGAAAAACUUUUUUCUAUCGAUUUUUAUUUAAUGUUGUAUGUCUUAAGUUUAAAAACUAUUGAUUCAAAAAAUUGAGAAAUAUUGUUUGUAGAAGUCGUUUUAUUAUUUUUACACGCAGAAAUCUAAUGUAAUAAUUUUUUAAUGUAUAAUUUGUUAUUUAUAAAAUAAAUCGCUUGUAAUCAUAAUACAUAAAUGUAGGUAAUUAGACGAUUUUAAUGUCCAAA